AAGGUGAAUCCUGGAAGGUGGACAAUAAAGAAACACAACCCCACAUGUGCAUGCUUGAUUAGUGAAGAAGUUGCCAGAAAAAAGGCUGAUUAUCAAAAACAUUUAGAUUUUUAUAGGCUAAUGAGAACUAGAUUUGAGGAAUAUUAUAUAAAAUCUGGGCGUGGAGGAAGGAAAUUAGAUGAUGUACGCGAUAAAUACCAACGAGCCUGCAGAAAACUGCACCUUGUACAUAAUGAGUAUGUUCUCCUUUUGUCCGAAGCAGAGCAAGUACAAAGAGACGUGAAGACCUGUCUGUUACCCGCCCUCUACCACCAGCACCAGGCUACCCUGUGUUCUUUUGUAAUUAACUGGCGAAACAUUUUGAAAGAAUUAUCUGUUCAAUGGAACUACGCCUCAAAAGAAUUUAUAGACAUAUUUAGCAGAACUGAAACCCAUGUAGAUACAAUUCUCCCUGGAAAUGAGUAUGUGGACUUUCUACAGAAACAAAUAGAUGGACAUAGAGGAACCCCUGUAGAAGUUUCAGAAUUCUCAUUUGACAAUAGUCUUGUAGAAGAUACGAGUGGAAAAUUACUGGCCAAUACUCUGGCUGUAGACAAUUUAACCGUUGAAUGGGUUAGAGGAAAACUUGCCGAGGUUGAACCAAGGCUUAGGGAAGCACAAGAAAGACUGUCAAAUAAAAAUUCUAGGCUGCAAGAUCUCAGUGAAGUAGCCAUGGCAGAAUUGAGGUGUGAAGAGAAGAAGCUUGGUCGGCAAUUAGAAGUUAUAAAGAAAGCUUUAACAGACCUAGGCUGUGAGGAGAUUGAUAACGUCAUACCUGUAAGAAAGCCAUCUCUUCCUUCUCCACCUCUUCAACCAACAACGAGCCUUGUAGAUAUUUUACGGAAACCAUUUCGACGCAAAUCUGUGCCCAGCUCACCUUUAGGAUCCAGACAUAAUAUAGGAUCUACAAGAAGCCUAAUGGACGAAGACUGGUUUCAUGGUGUACUUCCCAGAGAAGAAGUUGUGAGGCUUCUGACAAAGGAAGGAGAUUUUUUAGUUCGGGAAACAACAAGAAAUGAUGAGAACCAAACUGUCCUUUCUGUGUGUUGGGGAGGACAUAAACAUUUCAUUGUUCAGACCACUAAUGAAGGACAAUUUAGAUUUGAAGGCCCAGCCUUUGCAACCAUCCAAGAAUUAAUUAUGUAUCAAUAUCAAAGUGGUCUUCCAGUUACCAGUAGAAGUGGAGCCAUUCUUCGGCAACCAAUACCAAGAGAAAGGUGGGAACUGAACAAUGAUGAUGUCAUCCUCCUUGAUAAAAUAGGAAGGGGAAACUUUGGAGAUGUUUACAAAGGUCGUUUACGUGUGGCAGACCAAGAAGUGGCUGUAAAAACAUGUAGAGUUACAGUUGCUGAAGAGCAUAAGAGAAAAUUUUUACAAGAAGGUCGUAUAUUAAAGCAGUAUGACCACCCAAAUGUAGUAAAACUCAUUGGAAUCUGUGUUCAAAAGCAGCCAAUUAUGAUUGUGAUGGAGUUAGUUGUUGGUGGAUCUCUUCUUACAUAUUUAAGGAAUAAUGCAUCUACUUUAAGUACAAAACAAUUAAUUACAAUGUGCAGAGAUGCAGCAGCUGGCAUGAGGUAUCUUGAAAGCAAAAACUGCAUCCACAGGGACCUAGCUGCUCGAAAUUGUCUUGUUGGAGACAGUAACGUAGUGAAAAUAUCUGACUUCGGUAUGUCCAGGGAAGAGGAAGAAUACAUCGUUUCAGACGGUAUGAAACAAAUCCCAAUUAAAUGGACAGCUCCAGAAGCUUUAAACUUUGGAAAGUACACUUCUUUAUGCGAUGUAUGGAGCUAUGGAGUCCUUUGUUGGGAGAUAUUUUCCAAAGGCGGAACACCUUAUCCUGGUCUUAGCAACACUAAAGCGAGAGAAAAAAUAGAUACUGGUAAGGAAAACCCAAAGGUUACAGAAUGCCAGCUCCAGAAGGAACCCCUGAGGAAAUGUACCGACUGAUGCUAAGGUGUUGGGAAUAUGAACCAGAUAACAGACCACAUUUUGACCAAAUACAUGCUAUCGUAGACAAUUUAAAUUCGACAUACAGAUAGCAAAAACUCACAAUUUUAUGUUUCCCCUUAGGGUGAUUCGUAUACUUCCAAAGCACAAAGGUGCUGUGAUUAAUUUUGAUCUAGUUUUUUUAAACAUGUAUCUUUCAAACUAAUUUAUCCUUUCCUAUAAGCGAAUUAUCGACCGUUUAAUAAUAAAACUGUAAAAAUGUUUAUUUAUAUUAAGUUCAGUAUUGUAAAAAAAAUAAUUGUAGAUAUGUGAGAAAAAAAAUUCUCACCAUCGAAUUUUUAUAAUGUUAUUAAUUAAAAAGAAUGUUGUAUAUAUUUGACUGGAAUAGAUUAUGAUAAAAAAAAGUUGGUUUUACAUUCAUUUAAAUGUUGUUUAUUCAUUUUCAUUUAUGUGGACUACUUAUCUAACUAGAAACAAACAAAUAUUUGAAUUUUAAAAAAUUUAGAAGAAAUAAUUUUUUAAUCUUUUUUUUUUUAAAUGAAAUUGAAGCGUUAUAUACAAUUUAAUUUUAUACAAUCAUUAAAAUAUAUUUAUUCUCAAAAAUAUUGGAGUAUGCAGGUAUUAAUACAAACUGUUAUCAAUAUUGUAAACAACAUUAAAUGUAAAAUUAUAAAAGAACCAUCUUAACAACAAGAGUAAAUAGUGCCAUUGUACAGUUUUAUCUUUUAAUAGUUUCUCUAAUUUAAUUGUAGAUUUAUGUAACUAUUUAUGAAGAUAAUAUGAAUUAUUCAUGAUGAACAUCACAUAAAAUUUAUUUAAAGCUCUUUGGCCAUUCUUUUGAGCGAAGCUAAAGGUGUCUACUUUUGAGAAAAAAAAUAUAUAAACGUAGUUUUUGUAAAUCAUUUAUAUUAAUUAUAUAGUAAGAUUAAUAAGACUGAUCAUAAUUUUUAAUCACUUAGGUGUUUAAAUGCCAACUAAAAUAUUUGAAUAUAAGCUGGCUUAAAAUACCAUUGUCUAAUUUCAUGAAGUGUAAAGAAAUUUCUGGUGGAUCUUCAUCCCAAUAAUGAUUAGUUUUGUUAGCGAUUACAAUUUUUAAUCUACCAUGAAAUUUGUUAAUCGAGUAUUUAUUUAUUUCUGUAAUAUCAUUAAAAUUGUAAAUAACACGGAAUAAAAAAAUAAAUAAGUAUCUUUGUUGUAUUUCCUGGUUUCAUCUUCCACUGAAAAAUAAUGUAAUAGCGUUAUAAUGGAUUGCUUGAAGUUCUUUUUAUUUUCACUUACCUAUAUAUGUAAUAUAUAGUUGCGAUCAUGAAAAUUUUCAAAUUUGAGUUUUCAACGGAAAUACACGUUUUGAAAUCCUUUAAGUCCAAAUAACCUAGUUCCGCAAACUGGUUUGUGUGAAUAGCCUAGCUCAAAAACAAAAAGUCGUACAAAAUUGAUAUUGCAUAUUUAAGAUAGGUAUAUGCCUGGGAUGAGAGGACUUUUUCGUCAAAAUUGGCUAACCAGAAGUGGCACUUUAUAUCAUCGAUUUUCACAUUUUUAUAAUUUUCUCUAAAUGGCUGUAACGAUUUUGAUUAAAUUCAUUAUAUCGGUCUUAAAUUAAGCACUUUUUAAUAUAAUAUAGUUGUUAUUCUCAUUGAUGUUCAGUAACAGGGCUUAAAUGCCUAAUUUUCAAAAUUUCUUCGUCUUAAAUACCAUUAAUUUUUUAUAUUUAAAUAAUUAACCAUUUCCCUUAAUAACAAAUUAUGAAAAAUGGUUAAAUAUAAAAUAUGAAAGAAUUUUAUAAUUAAUUAAAGGAAUAAAUAAUUAUAAUAAUGAGAAACAAGGGAUUGUAAUAGAGAACCGAAUAAAUUGAAGCGCACUCCUGAGCUUAGCUGAAAGAUAGAAAGGUUUCUAUACAUAACAUGGGCUCCGAUAAAAUUAUAAUUACAUAUACAUGUGCGGUUUUCAUAAAUGCUAGUGUUGAUAUUAUUUUAUAGAUUACAGUAAUAUUAAAAUUAAAAUAAUGUAUAUAUAUAUAUAUAUAUAUAUAUAUAUAUACCAAUGAAAACAAAUAAAAAAGGUAGAAUGAAACAUGAACAAAUUUAGCAGCCUUCUUUAUUAGUGGUAAUCUUGUUGGAGACAAAUAUUUCAUGGCACUAAUUAAUUAAUUAAAACAAUCUUAGUGUCAAAAAAAUCAUAAAUAUAACACAGUCGACGCCUGUAAAAUACAUAUGGUAAUUAAUUGUUUUAAAUAAAAUAUUGUACAUCUGUGA